UGCAUCCGGAGCCGGGUAGAAUUGCUGCCGGGCUCUCCCGGGCGUGCUUCUCCUGAUCAUGGCUCCGGACUCGGGGCCCUUCCCUGACGAACAGCUUUUGAAGCUGCUGCCGGUGGAUCCCCGGGACCGGAACACCCAGCGCUGCCGCCUAGGGCCGGCCGCCUUCCGCAGUCUGGGCGCACGCUUGGGCUCGCCGCUGAGGAUCACGUUGCCCGCCGGCGGCUGCUGCCUCUGCACGGCCUGGCCCCGGCGCGAUGGGGCGGACGGCUUUGUGCAGCUGGACCCGCAGUGCGCGAGCCCCGGGGCCGAGGUGGCAGCGGGGAAGAUCAGUCUGGACAGCUUGCAGCCGGUGCCCUGUCCGCCCCUGCGGCGUGUCGCGGUGUGGCCGGUGCUGCGACCGCAGGCGGGAACCCCGAGCCCCGCUGCGGUGCUGGAGGUAGCGCACGAGCUGCUGCGCCACCGGCCGGUGUCGCGGGGACACGUGGUGGCCACCCCGCCGGGCAUCCCCGGCCCCGUCGCCGCGCUGCACGUGGUGGGCGGGACGCCAGACCCUGAGCCCGCCGGCUUGAUCACACCGCACACCCGCAUCACGCUCAGCGACCAGCCGCCGCCUCAGGUCGAGCCACCGGAGGAGGUGACUCUGGGAGGCCUGUCGGAGACUGCCACCUCCCUGCAGGAGCUGCUCCGCCUGCCGCUGCGCUACCCGCUCGCCCUGGGCGCGCUUGGGCUGGCGGUGCCCCGCGGGGUGCUCCUGGCUGGACCCCCGGGAGUGGGCAAGACCCAGCUGGUGCGGGCGGUGGCGCGCGAGGCGGGCGCCGAGCUGCUGGCGGUGAGCGCCCCGGAGCUGCAGGGCGCCCGGCCCGGGGAGACCGAGGAGAACGUGCGACGCGUCUUUCAGCGCGCUCGGGAACUGGCCAGCCGCGGGCCCAGCCUCCUCUUCCUGGACGAGGUGGAUGCCCUGUGUCCCCGGAGAGGCGGCCCGCGAUGUGCUCCCGAGAGCCGGGUGGUGGCCCAGGUGCUGACGCUGCUGGACGGCAUCCACGGGGACCGGGAGGUUGUGGUUGUGGGAGCCACCAACCGGCCAGAUGAGUUAGACCCAGCGCUGCGCAGGCCCGGGCGGUUUGACAGAGAGGUUGUCAUUGGGGCUCCCACACUUAAACAAAGAGAGACAAUUCUGCAAGUGAUUACUUCCAAGAUGCCCGUCUCCAGCCACAUUGACUUAGGUCUCCUGGCAGAAAUGACAGUUGGCUACGUUGGUGCUGACCUGACCGCGCUCUGUAGGGAGGCUGCCAUGUGUGCCCUUCUUAAAAAUGAGAAGAACCAGGACAGUCCUCAGAUUGACGAAACGGACUUCCUUGACGCUUUGAAAAAGAUUCAGCCCUCAUCAUUUCGAAGUUCUAUUGGGCUGAUGGACAUCAAGCCUGUUGGCUGGGAGCAGAUAGGGGGACUUGACGAUGUGAAGCUGAAGUUAAAGCAGUGUGUUGAGUGGCCUCUGAAGUUCCCUCAGGAGUUUGCUAGGAUGGGUCUGAAACAGCCAAAGGGCCUUCUCCUCUAUGGCCCCCCUGGAUGUGCAAAGACCACUCUGGUGAGGGCCCUGGCCACAAGCUGCCACUGCUCUUUUGUGUCAGUGAGCGGAGCCGACCUCUUUUCACCUUACGUUGGGGAUUCGGAAAAAGUCUUGUCUCAGGUAUUUCGACAAGCAAGAGCCAAUACUCCAGCGCUUGUGUUUUUGGAUGAAAUUGACUCAGUCUUGGGGUCUCGCUCAGUCGGCACCUUGGGAUGUGAUGAUCGGGAGCGAGUUCUUUCAGUUCUGCUGAAUGAACUCGAUGGUGUGGGAGUUAGGACGGUAGAGAGAAGAGGGAGUAAAUCAGACCACCAGGAAUACCAAGAGAUUCUUCAUCAGAAUGUCAUGAUCGUUGUGGCAACCAAUAGGCCUGACGUCUUAGAUGACGCCUUGCUGCGGCCUGGAAGACUGGAUAAGAUGAUCUACGUCCCCCCUCCUGAUCAGGAGGGCAGGCUUUCUAUUUUAAAAGUCUGUACAAACAACAUGCCGAUAGGGCCUGAUGUUUCUUUAGAAAAGCUAGCAGCAGAAACGGUUUUUUUCUCUGGAGCCGAUCUUAGAAACCUCUGCAAAGAGGCUGCCUUGAUUGCUCUGCAAGAGAACGGACUGGAAGCAACCUCGGUGAAACAAGAGCACUUCAGGGAAUCGCUUAGGACUGUGAAGCCGUCCUUGAGUCGGGAAAGCUUGACAGCGUAUGAAAACUUAUUUAAGAAAGGACUUCCUGCCUUGGAAGAUAAUUAAAUUUUUAUUUUAUUUAGUUUUUCACUUUUUAUGGUUUGCAACUUCACACUUUCCUAGGAGAGAGAGACUUAGCAAGAGAGAGGCUGAGAGAGAGAGGCUGAAAAACUUGCCCUGAUAAACACCAUCUUACUUCUAGAAGGUAUAUUAAAACACUAAUAAAAAGUUGUGUGUGUGUGAUUUUGUUAGGAUAGUUAUUUUUUGGUCACUUUUUGUGGCUUUGACAUGAGGUCACUGACAGGAGAGUUGCAGGGCUGGAACGGAGGAUUUCAGCAUUCUCCAGCCCAGAGUCUCCCGUUUAGCAUUUUGUCAUUGUUUUCUGUCCUUCACACACACACAGUUUUCUGAACAGUUGGCGACUAGAAUAUAGUCAUGCAUCACUCGGGGAUGACACUAAGAAGUGUGUCAUUAGGCAGUUCCAUCCCGAACGCCAUAGAGUAACGCGGUUAUUCAAGCACAACACGACUGCACCGCCAGGGAAAGCCUUGGGAGGUCACUGUCAUACAUGCCUGUCUCUCAAACACUGUCUGACUCGUGUCUCUGCAUGCUCCAUUCUAGCUAGUGUUUAGUGCGUGCGUCUUACGAAUAACAUUGUCUCCUACUGCAGUUCCCUCACCAAGCUCAGGAAGUUCAACAUCAACACAGUAUUUUACUGUAUCCAGUGAGUUCCUCUCUCUGUCCCUGUAAUGGCCUACGUAAUCAUCUUUUUCUGUCAGACGAUCUAGUCUGGGGUUACACCCUGAGUUUAGCCGUCACAUGUGCCUUCUGUGUUUUACUUGGAGACAGUUCUCAGUCUUUCUUGGCCUCAACGUCUUUGGAAGCAGACUAGUUUUUGGUGGACCAGUCAGCUCCAGCACUUCUGCACUUCUUUGGGUGUAUGCUUUGUGUCACUGUGGUUCUUCAUCCUCUGUGCUGGAGGCACAGUGCGCUCCACAUCGUUGGUGAAUGUUCAUCUCGUCCUCUCAUUGUGUGGUUUCUCCACUGUAGUCUUAACUCCCCCACUUUGUAAUUGUAAGUAAUUUGAGGUCAUAGAUUGGUCUGCAUGUUUUUAUUUUUAUAGAAGCAAUUAAGGAUUAAAAACCCUUUGAUAUCUAA